CUGUGUAUUGGUUACAAAGAAUGAGAGAAACAAAAAUAUGUACUAGUGUGUUCUUUGAGUGUUGUUUCUCCAACCCUCUCUGGCCCUCAGAUGGUUCUUUCAAAAAUGGCUAUCUUAGUGAGGUUUUCCUGUUAGCCAUCGCUCAUGAUUAGGGCAAUAGGGCUUUCUUGUAUCGGUUUUAUCUCCAAUUGUUAUAGAUUAGUUCAAUGCAUUAUUGAGACUUUGAAAGUCCAAAAUCAUGACAACCAAUUUCUUUUAUUUGACUGGCGUUUCUUUUUGACAAUACAAAAGCUCAGUCAACACAACUCUGGAUGAGGAGUUCUAUUUAUAGCUUUCAUUUUUUUUCGUCUACCACCCUCAGUAUGAUUCGCAUACUAACACUGCAACAGAUGUUUCUUUCUAUCUUUUUCGCUCUGGUGUUUUUCUCUGUCAACCUCACUGGCGCCUAUGAAAGCCCUCGAUUCCAGGAAUGCGGAGUUGAUGCCGACAAAUACACCAACAAUUCCCUUUUUGCAGCCAAUCUUGCUCAUGCUCUCAACAAUAUAAGGACAUAUACAGCUCAUACAGGCUUCAACACCACCACUGUUGCGAAUGGGACGGAGCCGGUCACAGCUCUAGGCUUCUGCAGGCCUGACCAGACUCCAAUGGAGUGCCAAGCAUGCAUUGAUUCGGCUACAUCAGGUAUUCUUGAGGUUUGUCUGUAUCAGAAAACAGCUCAGAUAUGGUACAACUUGUGUAUGAUCCGUUAUUCUUUCAUGGACUUCCUCUCCCUUGUUGACCGCACACCCAUCUUCUCACUGUGGACUGAUUUUGAAACUCAAAGCUCAGAUGUUUACUAUCAAACAUUGUUGGCCAUGGUGAAGAACCUAUCAUCACUGGAUGCCGUAUCCAAGAGGCGAUACGCAGUAGGAUGGAGUAGAGUAAAUGAAGCCACAAAAGUAUACGGAUAUGCCCAGUGCACCCCAGACCUUAGCGGGGAAAGUUGCAGCAGUUGUUUGGUAAGUUGUACCGAGGAAAUGAACACUUAUUGUUGGAACAAAUGGGCAUGUUGGAGUGGUAUGCCAAGUUGUUCCAUAAUGUUUGAUAGAUAUCCAAUAUUUAAUCAGUCCAUUGAUACACCAGAAAUUCUUUUGAAUUUGCCAUCAAAAACUGAUUCAGAAACUCAAGCUGAAGAAGCUCCUAAGACUGGCAGACGAGGAAGGAGCAGCAUGGUGAUUGGAGUUUCAGGUGCAGUGGUUGGGACAGUUAUUUUGGUCGUAGCAGCCGGGUGGAUGAUUAUGAAGGGAAGGCAUAAGACUAAUAAAGGGCAAAGAAGAGGGAGUGGAGAUGAGGAAGAUGCUGAAGAGAGCAUAAGAGAGGGACUAGGGAUGAGAAAUUUCUUAUAUGAUAUGGAGGCAUUGGUGGCUGCAACUGAUAAUUUUUCUUCAGCUAAUCGGCUUGGAGGUGGUGGAUUUGGCUUCGUUUAUAAGGGGAGAAUGCAUAAUGGUGAAGAGAUAGCAGUGAAGAAACUCACGGUUGGUUCCACGCAAGGAGUGGAAGAAUUCUCAAAUGAAGUGGAAGUCUUGGUGAAAAUGAGGCACCGGAACCUGGUCAAACUGCUCGGUUGUUGCACUCAAGGAGAUGAAAAGAUGUUGGUUUAUGAGUAUCUGCCUAACAAAAGUCUCAACUACUUCCUCUUCGAUAAGAGUAGGAGUGCACUCCUUGAUUGGCAAAAGCGCUCCAACAUCAUGGUGGGAGUAGCACGAGGGCUUCUUUAUCUUCACGAAGAUUCUCAAAUCAGAAUCAUUCACAGAGACAUCAAAACAAGUAACAUAUUGCUAGAUGAACAUAUGAACCCCAAGAUAUCAGAUUUUGGAUUGGCAAAGCUUUUCCCAGAUGAGCAAAGCCACCUUAGAACUCGCCGAAUAGCUGGAACUGUAGGGUACAUGGCUCCUGAAUAUGCUAUUAGAGGUCUCAUGUCAACAAAGAUCGAUGUUUUCAGCUUUGGGGUGUUGAUGUUGGAAAUUAUAAGUGGUCGGAAGAACUACGACCCGCAGCUAGAUGAUCAAAGAAGAGAGCUUCUAAACCUGACACGCAGACUAGAAAGACAGGGAAGGUUGAUGGAGCUUGUUGACACAACCAUUGGUUCAUUCCCAGAAGACGAAGUAAAGAAAUGCAUUCAUAUUGGAUUGUUGUGCUGCCAAGAUAACAUGCAAGAAAGACUGACCAUGUCAUCUGCACUCAUGCUGCUUUUGAAUAAUCCAGUAACCAUGCCUCCUCCAGGAAGGCUAGGGUUUCAGGGCAGCAGAGAAAACACAAAUGAAUCAUCUACAUCAAAUUCUGGCUCCUCCAUUGUUCUUGAAAAUGAGAAUGUUUCAAAUAAUACCAUGACUACUUCAUUGACAAGUGGUAGGUGACUCAUAGAUGGUUUCUUCAUAUAUGUUUCCUUUCUCUGUGUUGUUGCAGUUGGCCAUGUAAUAUUAUGAUUGAUCUAUUUACUCAAAA